GCGGCCAGCGCGCCCAGCGGAUCCUCGCGUUGCCCCUGGAAACCACACGGUGCUGUAGCUACCAGAGCAGGGGAAGGACAUGACGAUUCAAGAUGGCGAAAGACCUGGACGAGCUCUUGGAUGAGGUCGAGUCCAAAUUUUGCAGACCAGACCCACUGAGACUGGGUAUGGUCGAACAGCCCAGAGGCGGAGGCGGUGGCGGUGGCGGUGGCGGUGGCAUCCUCAGCAACGACCGGAACCGAGCCGAGGCGAAAGAGAAUCUCAGAUCAACAGAAACAUUUAAAAAAGAACAUGAUCUUGACAGUCUUAUUAACGAAAUAUUUGAAGAGCCCAACUUUGACAAAAAACGCUUUAAAUUAAAAUCUAAAUCUUCAGGUAACGCAUCUGUCAGAGCUUCCAUUCAAGGCCUUGGUAAGAGCUGCAGCCCAGUAUACCUUGGUGGAAGCGCUGUUGCAUGUGGGAUUGGGACAAAUACUUCACAGAGAGCGUGUGACCAUCUGCGUUGUAUAGCCUGUGAUUUCUGGGUAGUAAGCUACAAUGACUAUGGGUGGGACAAAUCAUGUGAUUACCUGUUUUUCAGGAACAAUAUGCCAGAAUUCCACAAAUUAAAAACAAAGUUGAUAAAGAAGAAAGGAACACGGGCAUAUGCCUGCCAGUGCAGCUGGAGAACUAUUGAAGAACUGACUGACCUUCAGACGGAUCAUCACCUUCGCUGGGUUUGCGGUAAACACUAAGAAUGCAGACUUUCCACAUUCAGACAAAUGCAUCCAUGAGAACAGUCUCUAUUAAUUGUCACAAUAUUUAGGUAAAGGUACAUAGUAUCAUGCCCUUUGGAAAAGACAGGAAAUUUCAUUUAAUGGCUGUACAGAUUUUCAAAGACCAAAAGGACUUGGGAAGAUAAUGUGCUUUAACAUUUUAGAAUUAUUCCUUUUUGAUAUAUGGACAUUUCAGUUAGUAAGUAAGGUAACAAGUUAUCCAAAUACUUCUUUGCUAGUCUGUCCCCUGUUAAAUAGAAAUUUAAUUGUGGAGUUUCAUACAAAUAUAUAGCCAUUUAGUAGCAACUGCAGUACUACUGACUGCUAAUAUAUUUAGCAUAAACAUUCCUCGUUAUAGCAGUUAAAGGGGAUAAAGCUGGCCCUGCAGAGAGGUCAUUGAGGGGUGUACACAUCACCUCUUCCAGUCACAUCUGUUGUUAGCAAAGAUCAUAAUUUAGACAUGUCAGAAACCAUGUGAUCAGUGGCUAAUUGCAGGGUUUUUGGGAGUAUAGGUAUACUGUAGGUGAAAACACUGCCUGUAUCUGAUCUAACUUCACUAAUUCAAAGCAAUACUAUGCACAGUAGUAAGUAUAUAUUACCAGUUUUAGCCUGUUUCUCCUCCUUUUGUUCAUUUAGAUAUGAGAAGUUAUUUAGUUUGCUCUUUUAGCAAGUAUUCAUUUCUAUAUAAAAGUGGGUUUUUUUGAUGCGCCUAAAAGUACAAGGAAAAAUCCUAAUACAGACAGGUCAUUUUUGGAUUUUCCAACUACCUUCUUGCCUUUAAUGCCCUAAAACUCCAUUAAGUAAAGAGAACAGCAAGUAAGAUAUUUUUUCAGGCAGCCUGUUGAUUUUUAUGGUAGGAUCAGGUUGACAUACUGUUGAUUGGUGAGUACAUGAAAAAAGAAAGCAUAGCUGAACCAACAGGUAACCUGUUGGGCUCCUUCUUAAUAUGACUAAGACUUGAGGAGCCCUAUAGUAGCAGCACAUUCAGAAGAUCGGUUACCUCAAAAUUACCAGCUCACAGCCCCAUCACAGCCCCAUUACCAGCUCACAACCCCCACCAAUUUGCCAGAAGCUCUUUACCGCAUGUGUCUAAUAUAUUGUUCAAAUGCGUGACACAGGCUUGCUGAAAGGGAGGAACUGAAGCAAAGUUAUGAUCUGCGUAGUCUUAUACUGAAUCUGUUCCAGCCAUUUUACUCAAGCAAAGAAAGAUCUGGUCAUUAAACUCCUUCUCCUAACCGUGACACAUUUGCAUAUGUGUAUCACUUGCUCCAGUAAGUCUAGUAUUCCAACAGGAUACAUCUCAUUGUGGCAGAUGCUCACAUUUUUGUAUUAAGAAUAUGUUGACCAAUCUUAUAUUUCAAUAAAAAUUUUUUACCCCCUAAAAUUUUAUCUCAGUGUAAUAAUAUCAGAAACAUAGAGGGGGACUUCCCUGGUGGCGCAGUGGUUAAGAAUCCGCCUGCCAGUGCACGGGACAUGGGUUUGAG